AUACAAAUGUCGAUCCGACACCAUCCUUAAGUGCUGUUCCAUUCUCAAAAUUUACGAAAAUAAACGACAUAAUAAAUAUUACAGAAGAAAUAACACCAAUAUAUCAGUCAGCCGAACAUAAUAAACGUAUUAGUAAAUCAUUAUCUGAAAGGAUUGUAGCAAUUGAAACAUCACUUCGAUUAUUAAAAGCAUAUAAAGAUGAACACAGAGAAUUUUUUAACAAGCAAAAUUUUGUAUCCAUACAAAAACUUUCAGAUAUUAUUCAAAAGAUGAAAACAUUCAUUAGCGAAAUAACACAGUUAAAAGGACUGCGAAAAUAUUGUCAAACCAAAUCUAUUCAAACUAUAUUUUAUGAAUUAACGACAGAAUUUGAUAGGUGCAUUAAUACGUUAAAUUUUAUUAAUACUGAUAACAUAAAAAGUCGUACAGAGCAUGAAAAAGAGAUCAUAGAUAAUGAUCUUGAAGAACUUAAUCAGUAUCUUUUCAAAAUAGGUGGUGGCAUUACUGAUGAGAAUUAUAACAUAAGUGAGACUAUCAAUGAAAUAAAUUUGGUCAAAAAAUUUAUUUGGGAUUCAAGAUCUAAUCGAGAAAAUCGAGAGCAAAUUAUGGAAAUUAUUGAGGAUCAAAAUAAGCUGCUUGAACUUGCUGAUUUUAUAGAAACAGAUGAAAUACGUGGAAAAAAAGUUAGAAAGUACAUUCGCCUAGUUGAUAACAAAGCUUUAGCAGAACAAAGAAUUCCAUAUGAAGACCUCGAUGAUAUUAUGGCAAUUAAAGAUCGUGUAUAUAAGGAAAAAUAUCGUGAACCAUUCACAAAUUAUUCUGGGUUACCAAAAGAAUAUAAGGAUAUCUCUAGAAAAGAAUUUAGACCAACUUUAACAGAAAUGUUUAAAACUCUCCAAAAUCUACUUGAACCAUCAAAUACUCCAAAUUUUUCCUCUAAAAUACCUUAUAAAAUUAAUGAUAUUUCGCCCAUAUCACAUAUUUAUAAUAAUGAAAAUAAUUUCCAAGAUGAUAAAAUUCAUGUUGCAGAGACUAUCAACUUUGCUGAAUUUAAUUAUAUGACAAUGAAAGAAGCCAUAUCAACUCAUCGUGCUACUAAUGGUAAUUUGGAGAUGGCAUUCAAAUGUUUCAAUGCAUAUGCAAAAUUAGGUACACAAUUCAAUUAG